GUUCCUAUUGGCGCGUCGCGGGAGCUUCAAGAUGGCGGCGGCAGCUACCUGCGGCGCGGGCGUCCUCAGCUCUGGGUGUGGGUCACCCGCAGCCGGCCAGAGCGGCACCACCAGCUUCCAGAGGAGGAGCAAGGCCUCUGGGGCUGACGGAGGUGGCCCUCGGCUGCUGUCCAUUGCGGGCACGCGACCGUCGGUGCGGAAUGGACAGCUGCUGGUGUCAACCGGGCUCCCAGCCCUGGACCAGCUCUUAGGUGGAGGUUUAGCUGUUGGAACAGUUCUUCUGAUUGAAGAAGAUAAAUACAAUACUUAUUCACCUUUGCUCUUCAAGUAUUUCCUGGCAGAAGGAAUCGUCAAUGGGCAUACUCUGUUGGUUGCAUCUGCCAAAGAAAAGCCUGCUGACAUUUUACAGGAACUCCCUGCACCACAACUUGAUGAUAAUGGUAAAAAAGAACUUGAUGAUGCACAUAAUCCUCAAACACCAGAUGCAGAUGUUAACAUGAAAAUAGCCUGGCGAUACCAGUUUCAACCCAAGAUGCAGAUUGGACCAGUGUCAUGUUCACGAUUUGGUCACUAUUAUGAUGUAUCAAAAAGGAUUUCUCAGGAGCUUCUGGGGAGUUCAAAAUGGCAUGGAUUCUUCCUUCCAGAACACAUAACUUCAGAACUUAAGGGAGAAUCCUGUUCUUUGUCCCGAGACUACAUGAAUCUGCUUCAGUUCAUCCAGAACGUCAUUUAUACUGAAGGAUUUGAUGGCUCUAAUCCCCAGAAAAAACAGAAAAACAUUUUAAGAAUAGGAAUUCAGAACCUUGGCUCACCAUUAUGGGGAGAUGACAUUUGCUGUACAGAAAACUGUGACAACAGCCUCUGGCUUACCAAGUUCCUCUACGUUCUUCGUGGCCUUCUAAGAACCUCACUGUCAGCCUGUAUCAUCACAAUGCCAACACAUCUGAUCCAGAAUAGAGCAAUUACUACUCGUGUGAGAAAUUUGUCAGAUACAGUAGUUGGUCUGGAAUCUUUUAUUGGUUCAGAGAGUGAAACCAACCCAUUAUAUAAAGAUUAUCAUGGUUUGAUCCAUAUACGGAAGAUUCCGCGGCUUAAUAACUUGACUUGUGAUGAAUCGGUUGUCAAAGACUUAGCUUUUAAGUUAAAAAGGAAGCUGUUCACCAUUGAGCAUGAAGCCUGUUUGCUUUUGUGUUCAUCUCACAUGCUUCCUGGGAGUUUGGCUGGCAGAACAUUAUUGCUUCAUUUGGCAAGGUAAAGUCAGUUCCUGCUUGACUAUUCGAUGUCUUCAAGUCUCUGUGUGCUUAUCAAUACCGUGGCUAUUAAAUUUAUAAUUACUCAUAAGAAAUGAAUCCUAUUUUUAAUGUCUCAAAAUAUAUCUUUAUUGUAAACAAGUUUAUAUAAAGCUCUUUAUUUGCAAAUUCAGCCCAGAAUCUACUGUUUUAUAUGGUACCUUGUUUUGGGCCGUACUUGGGAUCAAACCCAGGGCCUUGCACAUGCUAGGCAAGCAUAAUUCCCAGACCCUCGUGCUAUUUCUUAUAUUUAUUCAUAACUAUGUUUUAUGAAAGAAAUUUGAGCAUGAUUUUUUUGAUGAUUUCACAAAGCCAAAUUCACAUAUUUUAAAGCCUGUUAGCACUACUCAGUGGUGAGUCAUAAAGACCCCCCAGUGCAUAUGGUCCAGCUAUCUCCUCUUUGAGAUCAUGCUGGAACAAAGAGCGCUGUCUAAAGCUGCAAAAAGACAAAACCUCUUCUCCUUCCUCAAGUUUCUACAGGCAUGGAUUCUGUACUUUGGCUCCACAAAAAUUAUAUUCAGUACUUUAAGGAGUUUUUUAAAGCCGUCACAGAACUGCGGGAGCAGAAUUUCCCCGUUUACACAAUAGCUCUGAAACCCUUCCUCCCACAGUGUGUCUGUCAUUUACGUGUCAGAGGAAGACAGACAACGAAAACAAGUGAUGGCAAACCACACCUGGCCUAGUUCCCUGCAAGGUGUGUGAUUAAAUUUCUAGAGCACAAGAACAUAUAUUCUACUAGUGUGUCCUCCAGUGUGCCUCUGACACUCAUGCUUAAUAACCAUGGUCUCUAUGAGCUUGUGGCACAGGGGAAUUUGUCCCCAAACUGUACUAAUUAGUCAUUGCCUCGGUAUUCUUGCACAGCAGAUGUCAAAAUGUUCAACCUUCCAGUCCUUUCGAGGUCCUUUCACAUCAUUUGACUAUGGGGAUAGCCAUUUUUUUUCCUUCUGUGAGAACCUUCACUGGCCUGUUGGAAAUGUGAAGUUAUUUGCAAACACAUAUCCUAUUUUAAUUUUAUUUUAUAACUGCUUGCCAGCUCCUUUAUUUAGUUCCUCAAUUUACCACUAAAAUCUUAGGUCCCCAGAAGUAAGGACAGAGUGUGUCUUGUUCACAACUAAGUUCUCAACUUACAUAUUUAUUAGUUCCAUAAAUACUUGUUAAAUGUUAAAUUGCUAUUUUUAAAGCAACUUGGAAACAAGAUUUUAGAAGCAUGUAUUUGAUACAUUGAUUCCAGGCAUUGUUUAUGAGUUUACAUACAGCGCCUUAUUUAAUUGCUGUUUAGCCUCACAGGGCUCUUGCACAUGCACUAGUGUACACGUCUUGGGUAAAAAGAUAAAGGAUAUGGAGAGCUUCAUAACCUUCCCCAAGCCACACUCUUGCGGUUAUUCAUAGUAACUCUUCUGCCUCCGUGUGCAGAAUUACACUGGAAAGCUAUCCGGCUUAGCAACUCUGAUAAUUGAUAUUUUUUUAAAACAAAAACAGAAAACAAUUUUUGUUAAGUGUUUCUGGUUUCUGGCAGAAACACAAGUGUUUCACAGUAUUGUUUAAUAGACCUUGUAAGCGUCAAGUUCCAAUAUUUUAUCGGUGAGUACAUUUAUAGUUCAGAGAGUGUAAGCAACUUAUCUUGUCCCAAGUUAGAAAGGCCAUAAGUGGCAAUAGUGACAAAUCAACCUGUCUCUUUUAUUCCAAAGCCUGUGUCUGCUGUGCCCCAACUGGUAUAGUCCACAUCUUCAGGAAGACUGUAUUUUCAAUGUAAUAAUCAAUCAUUGUACAGCUCUGGCACACAGUCAGAAAGCUCUUGUCAAAGAAUUCUCCAAUAAGAAAUGCACUUUAAGAACCCAUCAAAAGUAUAAAAAUGCAUGUUAUAACAUACACAGAUUUGAGAAUACACAUAUUUUAAUAUUCAACUUAAAAUUCCUUUUUCCAUAGUAAUCACUCCUAAUGAUUUUACGAAAAACAUUAUGAAAUUGGGUUGCAUUGAUCUUAUCUUCUCCCAUAUGGAAAGUGAGCUAUUUUAUAUAUAAUUAUG